UCCUCUCCUCUCCUCCGCUUGCUCCGAUCUGCGGCGAGAGGGCGGCGGCCGAGGGGGCGCGUGGGGGUGAGGUGCGGAAGGCCUCCGAUCCCGGCGGGAGGAGCACGGGCCAGGCUUGGAGCGGGUGGCGCGGGGGUGGCCUCGGUUCGGAUCGAAUUGGAGGUGCUGCUCGUGGCGUGUUCCUCUCUCCUAGCGCUUGCGCUUCCCCUUCUGCGAUUGCUUGGAUUGGUUGAUUCGACUCGUUGGUAGGAGCGCCCUGGUUCCGGAGAUUCAUCGGCUAAGCAGACGGAAUCAUGCUUCUUCUUUGGGUAUAAAGUUUGGAUCUCGGAGGCUUUGAUUCAAUCUGUGGAGCGGGAAUAAUCGCUUGCUCCUGGGGUAGCUGGUAGCUCUCCUCAGAUGGAAAGUGGGAGCGGGAUGAGACCCGUGCACAACAGUGUUGACACGGUGAACGCAGCUGCCGUUGCCAUUGUUACAGCCGAGAGCCGCACACAGCCUCCUGCAGAGCCGCGAAGAAAAUGGGCUGAUUGGUUGAGUGUGUACUUCUGCUUCGGAUCACAAAAAAAUGGCCGGCGCAUCAGCCAUGCUGUUCUUGUCCCAGAGCCUUUACCUCCAAGGACAGAUGCACCUAUGCCAGAGAUUCCAAACCAUCCACCACCCCCUGUUUUCCCCUUUGUCGCACCUCCAUCCUCUCCCGCUUCUUUUCUCCAAUCAGGAGGUGCUUCUAUUGUACAAUCACCUGUUGGCGCUCCAUCUUUUUCACCUCUCUCACCAAAUUCUCCAUCCCCCACUGGGCCACCUUCCAUCUUUGCUAUCGGACCAUAUGCACAUGAGACACAGUUAGUCUCUCCUCCAGUCUUCUCGGCCUUCACGACUGAACCUUCAACAGCUCCUUUCACUCCCCCACCAGAGUCUGUGCAUCUGACAACCCCUUCCUCUCCAGAGGUUCCCUAUGCAAAGUUGCUUACAUCAAUCAACAACAGCAAAAAUGUUGAAACGGGCGAGCUUCAGUCAUAUCAGAUUUACCCUGAGAGUCCGAUAGGACGCCUAAUUUCUCCGAGCUCAGCUUGUUCAGGGACCUGCUCUCCGUUUCCUGACCCUGAGGUGCAGGCUUCCUCACGUUGCACUUUCCCCUCAUUCCCAGUACGUGAGCCUCCAAAGAUACUAGAUGGAGAGAGUGUUGCAACACAUAAGUUGAUACCUCGCCAUAUGCGCAAUGGUGGUUCCCUCUUAGAUGGCCAUAUUUCUGCUGCUGUGCCAGUUGUGGACUUCUCUGCCCGACUCCAAAAUAAUGAUCAUGCGAUGGAUCAUCGGGUGUCAUUUGAGUUGACAGUAGAAGAUGUAGCUCGCUGUCUUGAGAAGAAAACCAACAUUUCUGGGGAGUCUGCUGCAGCUUCUUUUCGCCUUGUGCCCACCAGUAACGGGGAUCACAUUCAACCCAGAGAAUCUAAUGAUACAAGAGCAGGGCUAUGUGUUGAUGAAACAUACCAUGAUUUACCUGAGAAAGCACGGCGCUCUCUGUCCCUUCGUAAGGCUAAAGAAUUCAAGUUCAACAAUGUUGAUGCUACUAGUGUGGAACCGAGCGUUGGAUCAGACUGGUGGGCGAAUGAGAAAGUUGCUGGGAUAACAUCAGAGCCAAGGAAAAGCUGGUCCUUCUUCCCAGUGGCACAGCCAGGGGUCAGCUAACGGUUGCACGGACCAUAACCUUACAAGAUGAAGAAUUAAGCUUCUGUUAUUUUUGCUCCUGCUAUUUCUCAGUUCCCCAGAUAUCAUCACCAUAACUGCAGGAGAUGCAAACUUAUGCAAAACAUUCCAGUUUUAGUGGUAAGUUGAAGUUAGAUAGUAACUCAGUGUCCAGCUAAUAUCACCAUAAGGUACUAAAGGUGAUGCAGAUUCAGGGACCUGUUGUUAUAAAACCAUAAUACUUCCAUGGUGUAGCGUCUGUUGUAUUCUCCUUAACUGACUUGCUGUUCUGAUACUACUGAUGCUGUUUAUGUACAUAAUAAACUAGCGAAAAGAGUAUAACCCUCUUCCUUGCAGCAGUAUUGUCAGACUGGAGCAAGCAAAUGACUCUGAUCCCCCCUUGUAUUAGUUGUGCUUUGCUGUUAGCAGAAGAAACUUGGAAAUAUUGUUCUGUUGUGCUUACCAAGUUCAGCAACAAUUUCAAUACUGUUUUGGCAUAUGUGAUGCAACAGCUCUUAUCACAAAUUCUGUAAGCAACACCUUUUGAUUUUGUGAUCUGUAUAUUAAAUUGGCCCAAGUGCUGAAUGCUUAUAU